AUGGAUAAGCAUUCGUAUGAUCCAGUGACGGGCCAAUUGAUAGAAGAGUUUGCGAAAGGCUUUGAGGAGUUCAUGGCAUUUGCAACACGACAAGAGCUAGCUAUGGAAUCCGGUAAAAUAUACUGUCCUUGUCCUACUUGUCGGAAUCGUAGAUUUGUGUAUAUAAAAACAGUAUGGAAUCAUAUUUAUAGAUCUGGAUUUAUGCCGGGUUAUAAGAUUUGGUAUUCACAUGGAGAGAGUGAGGAAAUGGCAUAUACUAAUGCUAGUGCUAGUUCCUCGAAUAGGAUAGAAGCAGAAAUUAGACCGGAAGUAGAAGAAAACCGAGGAACUGUUCAAAUGGUUAAUGAUGCGUUUCGGGAAAACGUAGCAUUGUUUGGUGAGGAAGAAAAUAGGAUAGAGGAACCUAAUCUAGAAGCCCGGAAGUUUUUUGAUAUGUUAGAUGCUGCUAAAAAUGAGUUAUACAAAGGUUGUAGAGAGGGUAUAUCGCCAUUAUCAUCUGCAACUGAGUUGAUGUCUAUAAAGACGGAUUUCAAUUUGCCUGAAGAUUGUGUGGAUCGACUUAGUGAUUGGGAAAGAAGAAUGUUACCUGAAGAUAAUCUACUUGCGGCUUCAUACUACGAGGUGCAGAAAUUGGUAGCUGGUCUUGGUUUGCCGUAUCAGAUGAUAGAUGUGUGUGUUGACAAUUGUAUGAUAUUUUGGAGAGAAGACGAAAACAGAUCAACAUGUCGUUUUUGCCGCAAACCUCGAUACCAAGAAACAGAGGGAAGAGUUCGUAUUCCAUAUAAGCGGAUGUGGUAUUUGCCGAUAUCAGAACGGUUGAAGAGGUUAUAUCAAUCCGAGCAUACGGUGGAGUCUAUGAGAUGGCAUGCAGAGCAUACAUCUAAUGGAGAGAUUGUGCAUCCUUCAGAUGCAAAAGUAUGGAAACAUUUUCAAGAAGUGUAUUCUAGUUUUGCAUAUGAGAGGAGGAAUGUGUACCUCGGGCUAUCUACAGAUGGAUUCAACCCUUUUGGGAAGCAUGGAAGGCAAUACUCUUUGUGGCCAGUUAUAGUAACACCUUACAAUUUGCCUCCAUCUUUGUGCAUGAAGCGAGAGUUUUUAUUCCUCUCAAUUCUCAUCCCCGGUCCAGCCAAUCCUAAGAGAUCACUUGACGUUUUUCUGCAGCCACUGAUUCAUGAGUUGCAAAUGUUAUGGGAUCAUGGUGUUGAAGUGUUCGAUGUUUCUUGCCAGCAGAAUUUUACGAUGCGUGCAGUGCUUAUGUGGACUAUAAGUGAUUUUCCAAGCAUAUGCACGACAUUGUUUAAGAAGAACAUAAAGGUGUUUGAUUCUCCACCUCCUGAGAGAGACGGUUAUAAUUUGUUGACACAGUUGAGAGAUUUUGGUGCUGAGAAGACGGUUAAAUGCGGGGGCAAUGGGCAUGAUCCUGUUCAGGGUUGUGGAUCUCAUCACAACUGGCACAAGAAGAGUAUUUUUUGGGAUUUGCCGUAUUGGAAGGACCAUCUGCUACGCCAUAAUCUAGAUGUUAUGCACAUUGAGAAGAAUUUUUUUGACAACAUUAUGAACACCGUUCUAAAUGUUCAAGGGAAGACAAAAGAUAAUUUGAAGUCCAGAUUAGACUUGCCACUUCAUUGUUUCCGUAAGGAGUUACGGGUUAUGAAGAACGGGAAAGCAUUGCCCCCCUCUUUUGUGUUGGAUCCGGCUGCAAAGCAAGAGUUUUUUAAUUAG